AUGCGCCCCAAGCCUAAUAAUGUCCACAGCCUCCUUCUGAGCGGACAAUCGCCUAGAGCAAACUCUUUUCCAGAAGCGUGCACUGCAAUUGGGUUUUCUGAAUUGUGUCUAUUGGAUCUGGAGCUCAUGCAUCACUUCACGACUAAUACAUGCAUGAUGGGCCCCCACGUGUUGGAUCCGUCUGUAUUCAGGGACGAGUCGCCACGUCUUGGCCUCCGGUACCCGUACCUUCUACAUCAGCUCCUCGCCCUGUCGGCAUUCCAUUGUGCCUAUCUACGGACAGAAUUGCGCGAGAAGUACCUGUUUCACGGCUCAAAGCACCAAGCUCAUGCCAUCGCCGGCAUGCGAUUAGCCCUUACAGGAAAGAUGACCGAGGAGACCAGUUUCGCCCUGUUCAUGACCUCAGCUCUGCUCAUGACAAGCAGCUUUGCUUCACAUCUGAAGUAUCCACACAACGAGGCGAAGCCGCCGCUGGCAGGAAUGCUCGAAAUAAUGGCGCUAGUACGAGGGUUGUCCGCAAUCAAGACUACCACCCAUGCCGAAUUGCAGUUCAAUGUCUUGGAUAAGCUAAAACAUCACAGCGGCUCUCCGCCCUGCUGGAAAGCACUCGAUCUAUUCAAGACGCAGCUUACUAUCCUUCAGUCUCGAAUUUCUAAUCUGACUAAUAUCGAUAAUGCCAUCUUGGCUCUAUUAAACAAAGGUGCACAGUCGAUGCUAGACUGCGCAGCAAUGCCGGCCACUACGAUGACGGGCGAGCUACACGUUGUGUUCACGUGGCUGAGCAUACUGCCUGGGGACUUUUUUAAUUUGAUGCAGGCGCAGCACCCCGGGGCGAUGGUGGUGCUACUGUAUUAUGUAGUCGCGCUGCAGGAAGUUGAGACGCAAUGCUGGGUGUUAGAAGGCUGGAGCGCGCAGCUAACAUCGAAUAUCGUGGAUAUACUCUUCCCACCUUGGACUGGGCUGGCACAAUGGGCUAUGAGCAUGAACUUAGAUUGUCAAAGCACAGAAUCCCGCCAGCUCAGCUAUGCUGAUGCCCCCUCUUGA